UUUAAACUUUUGUUUUCAAAACGCGUUGCUAUUUAACUUUGUUUCGAACAUCCAUUUUGAUAUUUUUACGUCGACAGUAGAUUUUUCAAAAAAUGCGGUUACUUAUACUUGUUUUUAUCCUAGCCAUCAUAAAACCAUUUGCGUCCGAAUUAGAUGCUCGGAUAGCCGACGUUGCUAGUUAUCGCCUACCUAGACACGUUUCCCCAUCACAUUAUGAUAUUCACAUCAAAACAUACUUGCCGGGUUACGGAUGGAAAGCUGAUGAAAAUAAAAUAACAUUUGAAGGAAAUGUUAACAUUUUACUCGACAUUAAGGAAACUACAGACAAACUUGUUUUGCAUUCCAGCUCGCUGAAUAUCAUCUCGGCAACAUUUCAAUCUGAUGAGCAAAAUGUCAGUAUAAGCCACUGGAACGUGCAAACGGAAUCUCAAUUUUUAACCUUUUAUCUAAACAAUACGGUUAAAGUUCAAUCAAGUGCUGGUAUACAAAUAAACUUCCAAGGAAAAGUUAGAACAGAUGGAUUAGGACUUUUUGCUACAAACUCAACGAGGGAAGAUGGAACUGUAAUGACAAACUUCGCCACACAAUUUGAAACGAUAUUCGCACGGAAUAUGAUACCUUGCUUUGAUGAGCCAGAAUUCAAAGCCACUUGGAAUGUAUCAUUGGAGCACCCAACUGGGUCAACUGCACUGUCAAAUGGUAUUGAAGUAGAAUCAAAAGUUAAUGAUGAUUGGAAAACCACCACAUACAAGAAAACAUUGAAAAUGUCUUCUUAUAUCUUGGCACUGUUUAUUGGCGAUAUUCAGUUCAAAGAAACAAUAUUAAAUAACGGCGUUCGGAUCAGAGUCUACACGGACCCAGUGAAUAUUGACCGAGUUGAUCAUGCAUUAAAUAUUAGCCGCAUUGUGCUUGAAGGAUUUGAAAGGCAGUUUGGAAUUCGAUACCCCAUGGAAAAACUUGACUUCGUCAGUGUGCAGAAUUUCAAAUUUGGUGCAAUGGAAAACUGGGGGCUUGUUAUCCACAAUGCAUAUUCUUUGAUCGGAGACCCCAUGGAUGUAACUGAAAUUGUCAUUCAUGAAAUUGCACAUCAAUGGUUUGGUAAUUUGGUCACAAUGAAGUAUUGGGAUCACAUUUGGCUCAAUGAAGGGUUUGCAAGUUACAUGACAUCAUACGGUCUCACAUUUCUUGAUCCAGAUUAUCAACGAGACACGUUUUACCUGAAUUGUCAGUUCAACCCACAAAUUAACGAUGGCGGAGUUUCUUUGAACUUUGGGAAAAAUUUGUCUAGCGUUAUGAACAAUGCGGCAACAGUUUACAUGAAGGGCUGCUCAUUUGUUCGAAUGCUUGAAAAUAUAUUUGGAACCGAAUACUUUAAUGAAGCCAUUAAGUUCUAUUUGGAAAAAAAUCAAUAUGAUAAUGUUGAUGACAACGAUUUGUACGAGGCUUUUCGCACUUCUUCUGAGACACUCGACACAAACGGAAAACCUUUUGAUAUCGAGAAGUUUGCCAGGUGUUGGACUCAUCAGAACGGAUUUCCAACGAUUCAAGUCUCCAAUGACAACGGCAUUGCUACGCUAACACAAUCCCACCUGUAUGAGCCUCAGUUAAUGUUAAACGAAUGCGAUUACAAAUGGGACAUUCCUAUUUGGUAUCAGGAACCAGGAGAAGCAAGAGUACAAAUGGCGUGGUUAAACAGAAACAGCACUAGUUUGGAACUUGUGGCAGAUGAUUCGGUUAUUAUCAAUGCAAACUCGAUAGGAUACUAUGAAGUACUUUAUUCCGACAAAAUGUACGAAAAAAUAGCCGAACAAGUUGCAAUAAAUGUUUCGAGGUAUUCCGUCAAUUCUCUUCGUCGAACGCUUCAUGAUGUUUUUCGUUAUUCACGAGACGGAUUGACUCCGUUUCACAAUGCCUUUAUCAUUGCAUAUGUUCUUGUAUUUGGAGAAAAUGAAAUUCUCCGUCACGAAUCUGUGUUGUACCUUGUGGACGCAGUUUACAAUACUAAUAACAAAAGUAUUGUAAAUAGUAAGGACAUCGAAACAGUAAAGGGACUUGUAAAUCAAAUCGAAAAUUUUGAGUUGUUUCCAAAAUGUGUACAGUCUCAAACAUUUUCGAGUUGUUAUCAAAAAAGAAUUCCACAAAAUAUAAAUUUGCGCGCAAUCAUGCAAUUGAAACUGAGUCAAAACACAAUGGAUCUGAUUGUGGCAUGGGCUGAAAAUGGAGUGAAUGAAGAAGCGAAAUUGGGACCAAAAUUGAUGCUUGGGUGUAGCACUAAAGAAAACCUCAAAAAAAUUUCUGGGAAGCUGGGUGGAAAACAAAUGAAAUGCAAUCUCUGAGCUUGGAAUAAAAAACUUUUGACAGAUGAAUAUAUAGUCUCAAUCUUAUCAUGUUUUAUGAAUAAAAUGUCAAAAUCUGAAAAA